AUGUUUUUAUUACCUUCGUCCACAUCAACAAUUUUAUUCGAUAAGAACUUUGCUCUUGAUGUUGAAAAUUACACAGUUUCCAUUGAAGAACUAAGUCAUGAUGAAAAUUUCCUUGAAAAAUAUACAACAUGGUCAUUAGAACUAUUUUCUCAACACGACUAUCUCUAUGGUAAUCCUCAUGCGUUACUUUCAGAUUUGAUUAAUUCCGAACGAUAUGAAAAACGUAAUGACUUUGCUGUUGUCAUUCAACCAUUUAUGACUCAUAAUAAACUAUCAUAUAAACAUAAUAAUAAAAUUGAUUUUAGUUAUUUUGCACCAGCUUGCUUUCAUUUGAGUGAUAAAGGUCAUUCGUUAGCUGCAAUUUCACUUUGGAAUAAUCUGUUUGAACCUGUUGGUGGCAAAACAAGGACAUGGCAUAUCGGUAAACCAUUGAAAUACCACACAAAAGAAUAUCCAUAUAUUUUUACAUCGAAAAAUUCUGCUAAAGCAUUAGAUGAACUGAAAAGUAGAACUCUGAUGCGAACAACUGAUUGUGCAACAAAAAUAAUUAGGAAUACUUCUACUUCCGACCAUAAUCCUACCAGUCAUUAUCAUCGUAAACAUAAAAAAGUCGACUCUGAUUUGUCUCACACUAAAUAA